AUGCAGGGCCCCGGCGCCGCGUUGCUCCUGACCGGGAGUCCGGUGGGGGCCGUGCGCCGGGGCUCUGCCAGCUGGUACGGCCAGGAGGGCGGCUCUGUGUGCAAUUGGCGGCAGAAAUUGCAGCCGCCUGAACCUCGCACCAGUUCUCCCACCCCAUGGCCCUUGGCACACCACUCCGAUUUUCGGCUGCCCAGGACACUGCAAUGGCCUGGGCCUGCCUCCGCUGGUCCCAACAGGACCAGCGCAGGCCGCCAAAGCCAGGCCGGCAGCCCCUCCUCUGCGCGCCUCCCGGGCUGCGCCUUCCCAACGAUCGCCCACAGCGCUCAAGCCAAGGGCGCCGCGGAUCCCCAUUCCCUGGGUCCUCUGCACAUCCCGGCCCUGGAUGACUCCCAGCAGCAGAAAGGUUCAUUUGUCCUGUGGCAAGGAUUUGCCAAGUCAUCUCAACACAUGGGCCGGCUCAGAAACGCCAAGAUCCACGUGGAGAGAGCUGUCAAGCAGAAGAAAAUCUUUAUGAUCCAAGGCCGCUACCCAGUGAUCCGGUGCCUCUUGCGCCGGAGGGGCUGGGUGGAGAAGAAGAUGGUCCAUCACUUGGGUGUGACCCUGCCACCAUCCCAGAAUGAUCUGGAUAGAUCUAUCAUGUGUGAUAGCGACACUACUGAGGAUGAGGAUGAAGAAGAUGAAGAGUUCCGGUCAUCGCAGCUAUUCGACUUUGAUGGUUUACUGGAAUUUGAUGGCCUGGAUGGGACCCACGCUCUGAUGGUGGGACUAUGUCUCAAUCUCCGGAAUUUGCCCUGGUAUGACGAGGCUGAUGCUGACUCCUUCUUCCCACGCUGCUACCGCCUGGGGGCUGAGGAUGACAAACGAGCCUUCAUAGAAGACUUCUGGCUGACAGCUGCCCGCAACGUUCUCAAACUGGUGGUGAAGUCCCAGUGGAAGCAAUUCUCUAUCCAGGAAGAGCAAGAGGCCCCAGGAGACAAGCAGGCAAAGAAACAGGAGAAAAAGCCAGUGACAGUGCCCCCAGCAUUUGUGGAUGAGGCUCUGUGUGCAUGUGAGGAGCACCUUAGUAACCUGGCCCACACGGACAUUGACAAGGAUCUGGAGGCCCCACUGUAUCUCAGUCCUGAGGGCUGGUCCCUUUUCCUCCAGCGCUACUACCAAGUGGUCCAUGAGGGGGCAGAACUCAAGCACCUCGACACUCAGGUCCGGCGCUGUGAGGAUAUCCUAGAGCAGCUACGGGACGUGUUGCCCCAGAUCGACAUGGAGGGGGACCGCAACAUCUGGAUUGUGAAGCCGGGAGCCAAGUCCCGUGGAAGAGGCAUCAUGUGCAUGGACCACUUGGAGGAGAUGCUGAAACUGGUGAAUUGCAACCCCAUGAUGAUGAAAGACGGCAAGUGGGUGGUACAGAAGUACAUUGAGCGGCCUUUGCUCAUCUUUGGCACCAAGUUUGACCUGAGACAGUGGUUCCUGGUGACCGAUUGGAACCCACUUACUGUUUGGUUCUACCGUGACAGCUACAUCCGCUUUUCCACACAGCCCUUCUCCCUGAAGAACCUGGACAACUCCGUGCACCUGUGCAACAACUCCAUCCAGAAACACCUGGAGAAUUCAUGCCACCGGCAUCCACAGCUGCCCCCAGACAACAUGUGGUCAAGCCAGAAAUUCCAGGCCCACCUGCAGGAGAUGGGGUCCCCAGAGGCCUGGUCUACCGUUAUUGUGCCUGGCAUGAAGGCUGCUGUGAUCCAUACAUUGCAGACCUCCCAGGACACUGUGCAGUGCCGGAAGGCCAGCUUCGAGCUCUAUGGUGCAGACUUUGUGUUUGGGGAAGACUUCCAGCCCUGGCUGAUCGAGAUCAAUGCCAGUCCCACUAUGGCACCCUCCACGGCGGUCACAGCUCGGCUCUGUGCUGGUGUGCAAGCCGACACCCUGCGAGUGGUCAUCGACCGGCGGCAGGACCGCAGCUGUGACACAGGAGCCUUUGAGCUCAUCUAUAAGCAGCCUGCCGUGGAGGUGCCCCAGUAUGUGGGUAUCCGGCUCCUGGUAGAAGGCUCUACCAUCAAGAAGCCCAUGGCGAUGUGUCACCGGCGGAUGGUAAUCCGCCCAGCCCUCCCUCAUCUGCUGACCCAGCGAGACUCUGGGGAAGCACAUUACUGUUUCCCCAGCCUCCACACCAAAGUCCGGCUGCCUUCUCCCCAUGUAUUCCGGUCCCAGGGGCGGGGCCUUAGACUGCAGCACAAGCUGGUGGGCUCUAGGGCACAGGCAACCCCAGGCAAAGCCUUGAUGACUCUACCAAUGGCCAAGGUUUUGAUUGCUCUCCCACCUAAACCUGAGCUCUGGCCAGUACCCAGCAAGAGACCAAACAAGGUGGGCCUCCAACUAGCCUUCGAGGCCCGCAUCCUGGAAGUGCCCUGUGGCAUUUAUCCUUUGAAGUUGGAGAGCUUCCUAUCACCUGUAGAAAGGUCAAGGCCAAAGGCAAGUUCAAGGCCAGACUGCAACAAACCCAAGGAAAGGCUGAGCCUCCCUUUUUUACCCCUUACCGGUACACACCAGAGGCUGGAGGGUACAGGGAGUGCAAGGCUAGAAAAACCUUUGCUUCUCCCCACUGUUCCUGUCCUGGAUUCAGAGCCAAAUUAAAAGGAGCAAGUGAAGGAAUCUGGGCUUAGCUCCAUUUCAAUUGGAGGGUGA